AUGUUGAGAAAUAACAUCUCCAAAUUAUUUGCUAGAAACAAUCAUAGCAUAGCAUCCUUAAUCAGAACAAUGAGUACUGCACCAUUAGAUGCUUCUAAAGUUAAAAUUACAAACGUUUCAACCCCAUCUAAGCCAAAACCAAAUGACCAAUUGGUUUUUGGUAGAACUUUUACCGACCACAUGUUAACCAUUGAAUGGACUGAAGAAAAGGGAUGGGAUGCUCCAAUAAUCAAACCAUAUGGUAACUUGUCUUUGGAUCCAUCCACUUGUGUUUUCCACUACGCUUUUGAAUUAUUUGAAGGUUUGAAAGCUUACAGAACUCCUGACAACAAAAUUACCAUGUUUAGACCAGACAAAAACAUGCAAAGAAUGAACAAGAGUGCCGCCAGAAUUUGUUUGCCAACUUUUGAAUCUGAUGAAUUGAUCAAAUUAAUUGGUAAAUUAAUUGAACAAGAUAAACAUUUGGUUCCUCAAGGCCAAGGUUACUCUUUGUAUAUCCGUCCUACUAUGAUAGGUACCAGUGAAGGUUUGGGUGUAGGAUAUCCAGAUAAGGCCUUGUUGUAUGUUAUCUGUUCUCCAGUCGGUCCUUACUACAAGACUGGUUUCAAAGCCGUUAGAUUAGAAGCUACUGAUUAUGCUACCAGAGCUUGGCCAGGUGGUGUUGGUGACAAAAAGUUGGGUGCCAAUUAUGCUCCAUGCAUUUUGCCUCAAUUGCAAGCCGCCAAGAGAGGUUACCAACAAAACUUGUGGUUAUUUGGUCCAGAAAAACAUAUCACUGAAGUUGGUACAAUGAACGUUUUUUUCGUUUUUAAGGAUGAAAAAACUGGUAAGAAAGAAUUAGUUACUGCCCCAUUAGAUGGUACUAUUUUAGAAGGUGUCACCAGAGAUUCCAUUUUGAACUUGGCCAAAGAAAAAUUAGAUCCAAAAGAAUGGAUUAUUUCCGAACGUUACUACAGUAUCAACGAAGUUGCUGAAAAGGCUGAAAAGAAUGAAUUAUUAGAAGCAUUUGGUGCUGGUACUGCUGCUGUUGUUUCUCCAAUUAAAGAAAUUGGAUGGAAUGGUAAAGAUAUUAAAGUUCCUUUAUUGCCAGGUGAACAAUCUGGUCAAUUAACCAAGGAUAUUGCCAAAUGGAUUGCUGAUAUUCAAUACGGCAGAGUUAAGCAUGGUAACUGGAGUAGAGUUGUUGCUGAUUUAGAUUGA